UAGAGUCAUUAAUGCUAUCUCAAUCAAAAUCCAAUAUCCAUUCCAAGUAUGUCGGUUGAAGGCACAUGUUAGAGUGGAAACAACGCGUAAUGAAAUUACAAUCCCAUCCUCUUCUUCUUCUUCUCUGAAACUCUGUUCCCAUCAAACAUUUCAAAUCCAUAAAACACCCAAAUCAAUUUCAUGGCAUAAAACCUAGAAUCGAUAAACAAAAACACUACCUUUAAGAAAAUUAAUAUUUAUAGAAAAUCUCAAACCUGGCAAAUCUUGGAGGCUUGAGGGCUCGUUCUUCGUUGAAGCAACCUUCCCUUGAUUUGAACGACGACCACGAGGACUGUAGACCUUGGCGUCGUAGAAUCACCAUGGUUUUUUCCUGGGCUUCUGCCUUCAGGAUCACACUUCUUCUUCUCCUUCUUGCUGCUGUUAUUGCGGCGUGUUUCACUCUUCCUAUUGAGAAGAUGAUGAAGGACUUCUUAAUAUGGGUUGAUCGUGAUCUUGGCCGAUGGGGUCCACUUGUUUUGGCUGUUGCUUACAUUCCAUUGACUGUCCUGGCAGUUCCAGCUUCAGUUCUUACUCUUGGUGGUGGUUAUCUUUUUGGGCUUCCAGUGGGCUUUGUUGCCGACUCUAUUGGUGCAACUGUUGGUGCAGGAGCUGCAUUUCUUCUCGGAAGAACGAUUGGAAGACCAUUUGUUGUUUCUAGGUUGAAGGAUUAUCCUCAAUUUAAAUCAGUGGCAACUGCGAUACGGAGAUCUGGAUUUAAGAUUGUAUUACUGCUUCGGUUUGUUCCACUGCUACCAUUUAACAUGUUAAAUUAUCUCUUGUCGGUGACUCCUGUUUCACUUGUGGAAUACAUGCUGGCUUCCUGGUUAGGAAUGAUGCCAAUAACACUGGCACUUGUAUAUGUCGGAACAACUCUUAAAGAUCUUUCGGAUGUAACACAUGGUUGGAGCGAAUUCUCCAAGACUCGUUGGGCAUUUAUCAUUAUCGGUCUCGUAGUAUCGGUGGUUCUUAUGAUAUGUGUUACUAAAGUUGCAAAGUCUGCUUUGGAUAAAGCCUUGGCCGAAAACGAAGAUAUCGACAUCGAUGGGGUUACAUCAUCCUCGCCAGAAUUACCAGUUGUUGCUGAACAAGCAUCAGAGCUUAACCACCCACUCAUAAUUAAGAUAGAUUCUAAUGAAGACAAUCAUGAAAAGUAAAUUCAUUUUUUGUGUAAAUUCUUUCUUCCUCUCCUUAUAGUUGAUUUUUUUUUUCCAUUGAUGUUCAAGAGAUAGCUACCUACCAGGUCUUCAUAUUUGUUUGUGAUUUGUACAGUUCCAACAUUAGAAAUAUAGUCUGUGACAGGAGUUUUUAAUCCUACCAUCAAGAUGACAUUAUUGACUAUGACAAAAAAGUUCAUGCUGUUAUUUUGUACUUCA